AUGAAAAUACAUACUGGAGAAAAACCUUUUUCGUGUCAUAUCUGUAAAUAUCAGUGUAUUCAAAAAAGUCAUUUGCAAUCACAUAUGAAAAUACAUACUGGAGAAAAACCUUUUUCGUGUCAUAUCUGUAAAUAUCAGUGUAUUCAAAAAAGUCAUUUGCAAUCACAUAUGAAAAUACAUACUGGAGAAAAACCUUUUUCAUGUAAUAUCUGUGAAUAUAAAUGUAUUAAAAAAGAUGUGUUGCAAACACAUAUGAAAAUACAUACUGGAGAAAAACCUUUUUCAUGUAAUAUCUGUGAAUAUAAAUGUAUAGAAAAAAGUAGUUUGCAAAGGCAUAUGAAAAUACAUACUGGAGAAAAACCUUUUUCAUGUAAUAUCUGUGAAUAUAAAUUUAAAGAAAAAAGUAAUUUGCAAAAGCAUAUGAAAAUACAUACUGGAGAAAAGCCUUUUUCGUGUCAUAUCUGUAAAUAUAAGUGUAUUACAAAAAGUGAUUUGCAAAGGCAUAUGAAAAUACAUACUGGAGAAAAACCUUUUUCGUGUCAUAUCUGUAAAUAUAAGUGUAUUACAAAAAGUGAUUUACAAAGGCAUAUGAAAAUACAUACUGGAGAAAAACCUUUUUCGUGUCAUAUCUGUAAAUAUAAGUGUAUUACAAAAAGUAAUUUGCAAACACAUAUGAAAAUACAUACUGGAGAAAAACCUUUUUCAUGUAAUAUCUGUGAAUAUAAAUGUAUAGAAAAAACUAAUUUGCAAAGGCAUAUGAAAAUACAUACUGGAGAAAAACCUUUUUCGUGUCAUAUCUGUAAAUAUCAGUGUAUUCAAAAAAGUCAUUUGCAAUCACAUAUGAAAAUACAUACUGGAGAAAAACCUUUUUAA